AACGGUUUUUUUGACCAACAGCUUAUUCCCAAUAGGAAUUAUCUAAUCAUAUUAAUUUUUAAUUUUUAAUUUCAUGACAGAAAUUUGGUGAUUUUUACUCAAUUUUUAAGUGAACUACGAAUCGUAGUCUACGAUUAUGUCUAAAAACGAUUUACCUGAUGAUUGUCUCUGGUUGAUCUUCAACAACUUCUUCAAAUUAGAAGAGUUGAUUCAAUUGUCUGAAGGUAAAAGCUUAAAAAAUUUGAUUGAUAUAAGAUUGAAAAAAGUCAAAUAUCUUUACAUAACAAGGGAAAUUCCACAUUUGGAUUAUUCCAGAGUAUGGAUUGAGCGUCCAGAAACUAUUCAACUUGUACGAGAAUUGUUACCAAAUCUCAGGAUUGUUGAUAUUUAUAGCUCAUGGAAAAGUGCAAAUUAUGGAAAAGCAUUUGACAAUAACCUAAAAAUAAAAGGACUGAUUGGACUAACUGAUGUUUACAAGCUCGAUUUGGAAAAUGUCGAAAUGGUCUCAAUGAAUUAUUUGUUGGAUUUUGAAAAAUUAUUUCGGCCUGGUCAGCUGAAACAAAUUUACUGUAUGCUAGAUUUUCAUAUGAAUAAUCUUUCUCGACUCGUCAAAUACUUUCCGAAUUUGAAGCGACUCAACCUUUCAUUUCAAGGUCGAAAAGUUCGUUAUAAUGGUCCAAAUUUAUCCAAUCUAAAAAUCUUUGAGGCUUCGGUUUGGGAUGAUACGAUGUAUGAAACGUCCGGGUAUUUAGGUAUCUGUAACACAAUUCAUGUGAUGGACUUUUGCCCAUCUUUGGAAAGUGCUCACAUUCAUGGUCAAUUAGAUGAUGAAUUUACCAACAUGGCACUAAAGAACUACAAUCUAAGGGAUUUGGUAUUUUCAACUAUGUUCUCACUAUUUGAUGAAUACCUUACAUGGCCAUUCUUACGAACACUGUUGUCCAAGUAUCCAAAUUUACAGCAUCUCGCGGUCAGAGGUGGUGACACUAUUGAAGAUAGUCAUGUUGAGGAAUUGUUGGAGUUAUUGCCAAGGAUAAAACUGUUGGACUUUAGGAAAUCUAAUGGAGUUACUGUUAAAUCAGCUGAUUUCUUAUCUAAAUUCUGUCUCAAAUCUAAUCGAUCCAUCAAAAUCUAUUAUGAUUGUGAAAAGGAACCAGAUGACUGGCCCAAAUUAGACACUCCUCGAGAAUCAAUUGUCUGCGGAUUCGACUUCAUGAAACAUUGUUUUUAUAAAACGUUUUAUAAUCUUCCAGAACUAAUUGACGAAUAGAUAUGAAUUAAUUUCAUUGGAUGGUUUAUGCUAUUAAAAUUCAUUCGAAAACAAGCAACUUGGUACUCUCUGACUUUAGAAAGGGUUUAAUUAAAGAUACCAAUACUUCAAACACCAACUAUAUUUAUGCGAAUUGUAAUUCGAUUUUUACACAUCGACCUUAAUUUCUCUUUUCUUCUUUAUUAACUCUAAAUUAUGCUCUAUCUCGGACAUAUUCUUCGAAAAGAUUGAAAUUCUUAUUUCAUUUUCUCCUUCUUUUCACGACAAACCGAAUGAGUUAACUUUUGACCUGAUUAUUACCUUUGUCUCAAUCAACUGAUAUCUAUUUCUAAUUCAAAAAAUUCAAAUUUAAAUGUUUUCAAUGUUCAAAACAGAGCGAUUAGCUAAUCUAAGACAACAAAAUGCUUACGAUUGAAGGACUGGAUUCAAUGAAUGAAGAAAAUAUUGUAAACAAACUAAAGCUUUUGAAUGUAAUUGUAAAUUUACUAGAAUUCAAAUUGUAAAAACUGAGCGAUUAGCUGAGUGCCCGAUGGGGCCACCAUAUAUUGGUGUAUAAUGCAUUG